AUGGAAAGACCAUAUAAGCGCCCUAGGAAGCGCUCUUUGUGGGAUACGGGCUUCUCAGGCCUACUGGUGUCUGCCGCCAUACUCCCCAGCGUUGUCUCCGCUUAUCACCCUGUAUACUCGGGAUCCCGAGAAUCGUCCCCUUUCCUCCCUCCACAGAUCCCUUUGUCUGGAUCUCCUUCUCUCUCUGGGACACAUGAGUUUACUCUUCGCCACAUUGUUCAGCGAGGGGCGUACGAGUACCCUCAGCUUCACAGAAGGCUCGACAUCAAACCGAGUACGCGACUACGAGCAGUUUCAGAAGAUGGAAUUGAAGAAACAGAGUUUGCUGUCCUCGAUUUACCCCUCGUUGCGUCCUCCGAGCCCCUUACAAUACAACGACUAGCCGACCGUCGUCUCUCGGUUGUUGAAGGGCACCUAACAGCCGCACGAGAGGGAUCCAUAGUAUCUCUCUCUUCGUCAGACUGGGUAAUGGACACGUUACCUGGCCCAAAUAUUACGAAUAAGGAGAGCGUGAUGACCUUUGCAAAGAUGACCGCAAAUGACUAUAUUGAGGAACCGGGUACGGAAGACUGGGAGGAUAUCCAUGGUCAGUUUAAUUACUCCUCCAGCUUCGGCUGGCAAAGUGAUGGACUCCGCGGUCAUAUCUAUGCGGAUAAAACCAACAGCACCAUUGUCAUAUCUCUAAAGGGAACCUCGCCGGCUCUCUUUGACGGGGCAGGUACAACAACCAACGAUAAGUUGAAUGACAAUCUCUUUUUCAGCUGUUGCUGUGGGCAAGGAGGCUCCUAUCUCUGGCGGCAAGUCUGUGAUUGCCAGGCAUCAGCUUAUAACGCCAACUUGACUUGUAUCAUUGAAUCUAUGCAUGACGAGAACCGAUAUUAUCGUGCGGCCAUCGACUUAUACUCCAACAUCACUGAGCUCUAUCCCACCUCAAAUGUAUGGCUAACCGGUCAUUCAUUGGGUGGUGCUAUGUCUAGCCUUCUUGGAUUGACCUUCGGACUGCCUGUUGUCACUUUUGAGGCUGUCCCUGAAGCUCUCCCUGCAGCACGGCUUGGCCUCCCAAGCCCCCCAGGGCACGACCCGAGAUUUCCUCAGACACGAAAGUAUACUGGAUCAUAUCAUUUUGGACACACCGCGGAUCCUGUAUAUAUGGGUACUUGCAAUGGAGUUAGCUCUGUCUGUACCUGGGGUGGCUAUGCGAUGGAGUCUGCAUGCCAUACUGGCCACAUGUGUGCUUAUGAUACAGUUGCGGAUAAAGGAUGGCGAGUGUCACUCAGCACACAUCGUAUCAAGUCUGUGAUUACGGAUGUCCUCGAAGCAUAUGACAGUGUCCCGUCUUGCGUAGCGGAGGAGGAGUGCUAUGAUUGCGAACUGUGGAAGUUCUUCCGCAGUAAUGGCUCAGAACUGACAACAACGACCUCAGUCCCAAGUUCCACAACCACAUUUACUUCAACCAGGACCACAACCUGCGAAACUCCUGGAUGGUGGGGCUGUCUUGAUGAGACCACUACUACUGAUAGUACGACUACAACCACAGUCACGACGACGACAUCAACAUGCAAGACACCUGGGUGGUUUGGUUGUAAAGACCCGACUACCACUACUGACACUACGACGCCGCCGAUCACAACCACUGCCGAAGUUCCUACCAGCACCACGACUUGCAAGGAUCCUGGAUGGUUUGGAUGUCGGGACCCAAUCACUCCAACCACCUCGCCGGCUUCUGUGCCGAAAACAACCUCCACAUGCGAAACUCCUGGACUUUUGUGGGGUUGCCAUGACUCCUCUACUGCGGACAGCCAUUUGAUUACCCCGGCCCCCGUCUUACCUCUUUAA